AUGACAGCAGUCGAGUUUUGUGAGAAGUUCGAGGAGGUGAUUCGAACUUACGAAAAUUCAGCAGACGCCACCCCUUCAUCCGAUGAGGAAAAGAGGGACGCAUUUAAUAAUGCCAUCAUGGGGUCUGUACCGAUGGUACAGUACCUACAGUCCUCAGCUAAACUUAGAGGUGAGCAGCCCCCAACUUAUGAGCAAUUAAAACUUGUUGUUAUGCAGAAAGAAGCAUUAAGGAAACAGUCUGGGGAGAGGAGCAGUGAGGUGAGAGCUGCGAACCUCACCGGAUUUAAGGAGAGAUGUUUUAAGUGCAGGGACUAUGGGCACCUCGGCCGAAACUGCCCGGGCAAGGGUAAGGGCAAAAUGUGUUACAGUUGUAAAGGCUACGGACACAUAAUUAAGGAUUGCCCAAACUCAGGUAAGAAAAACAACAAGCCAUAA